CAUUUGGACAUGUAAUUGUCAGCAAGGGAUCCGAGACUUCCAAAAAAUGAAGCUGGCAACAGGACUCUGGGUCUGGGUGAGCCUUCUCGUGGCGGCGGGGACCGUCCAGCCCGGCGCUUCUCAGUCAGUGUGUGCGGGAACAGAGAAUAAGUUGAGCUCCCUCUCUGACCUGGAACAGCAGUAUCGAGCCUUGCGCAAGUACUAUGAAAACUGUGAGGUAGUCAUGGGCAACUUGGAGAUAACCAGCAUUGAGCACAACCGGGACCUCUCCUUCCUGCGGUCUAUUCGAGAAGUCACAGGCUAUGUGUUAGUGGCGCUUAAUCAGUUUCGCUACCUGCCUCUGGAGAAUUUACGCAUUAUUCGUGGGACAAAACUUUAUGAGGAUCGAUAUGCCUUGGCCAUAUUUUUGAAUUACCGAAAAGAUGGAAAUUUUGGACUUCAAGAACUUGGAUUAAAGAACUUGACAGAAAUCUUAAAUGGUGGCGUCUAUGUAGAUCAGAACAAAUUCCUUUGUUAUGCAGACACCAUUCAUUGGCAAGAUAUUGUCCGGAACCCAUGGCCUUCCAACUUGACUCUGGUGUCAACAAAUGGUAGCUCAGGAUGUGGACGUUGCCACAAGUCUUGUACUGGCCGAUGCUGGGGACCCACAGAAAGUCAUUGCCAGACUUUGACAAGGACAGUGUGUGCAGAACAAUGUGAUGGCAGAUGCUACGGACCCUACGUCAGUGACUGCUGCCACAGAGAAUGUGCUGGAGGCUGCUCAGGACCUAAGGACACAGACUGCUUUGCCUGCAUGAAUUUCAAUGACAGUGGAGCAUGUGUUACUCAGUGUCCCCAAACCUUUGUCUACAAUCCAACCACCUUUCAAUUGGAACACAACUUCAAUGCAAAGUACACCUAUGGAGCCUUCUGCGUCAAGAAAUGCCCACAUAACUUUGUGGUAGAUUCCAGUUCCUGUGUGCGUGCCUGCCCUAGUUCCAAGAUGGAAGUCGAAGAAAAUGGGAUUAAAAUGUGUAAACCUUGCACUGAUAUUUGCCCAAAAGCUUGUGAUGGCAUUGGCACAGGAUCACUGCUGUCUGCUCAGACCGUGGACUCCAGUAACAUCGACAAAUUCAUAAACUGCACCAAGAUCAAUGGGAAUUUGAUCUUCCUUGUCACUGGUAUUCAUGGGGAUCCUUACAAUGCAAUUGAAGCCAUAGACCCAGAGAAACUGAACGUCUUUCGGACCGUCAGAGAGAUAACAGGUUUCUUGAACAUACAGUCAUGGCCCCCAAAUAUGACCGACUUCAGUGUUUUUUCUAACCUGGUGACCAUUGGUGGAAGAGUACUCUACAGUGGCCUCUCCUUGCUCAUCCUCAAGCAACAGGGCAUCACCUCUCUGCAGUUCCAGUCCCUGAAGGAGAUCAGUGCAGGAAACAUCUACAUUACCGACAACAGCAACCUGUGUUAUUAUCAUACCAUUAACUGGACAACACUCUUCAGCACGAUCAACCAAAGAAUAGUAAUCCGGGACAACAGGAAAGCAGAAAACUGUACUGCUGAAGGAAUGGUGUGCAACCAUCUGUGUUCCAGUGAUGGCUGUUGGGGUUCUGGGCCAGACCAGUGCCUCUCCUGCCGCCGCUUCAGCCGGGGAAGGGUCUGCAUAGAGUCUUGUAACCUCUAUGACGGUGAAUUUCGUGAGUUUGAGAACGGCUCCAUCUGUGUGGAGUGUGAUCCCCAGUGUGAGAAAAUGGAAGAUGGCGUCCUCACCUGCCAUGGACCGGGACCUGACAACUGUACAAAGUGUUCUCAUUUUAAGGAUGGCCCCAACUGUGUGGAAAAAUGUCCAGAUGGCUUACAGGGGGCAAACAGUUUCAUUUUCAAGUAUGCCGAUCAGGAUCGGGAGUGCCACCCGUGCCAUCCAAACUGCACCCAAGGGUGUAACGGUCCCACUAUUCAUGACUGCAUUUACUACCCAUGGACGGGCCAUUCCACUUUACCACAACAUGCUAGAACUCCACUGAUCGCAGCCGGGGUCAUCGGUGGGCUCUUCAUCCUGGUCAUUGUGGGUCUGACGUUCGCAGUUUAUGUUAGAAGGAAGAGUAUCAAGAAGAAAAGAGCCUUGAGGAGAUUCCUGGAAACAGAGCUGGUAGAACCCUUAACCCCCAGUGGCACGGCACCCAAUCAAGCUCAGCUUCGUAUUUUGAAAGAAACUGAGCUGAAGAGGGUCAAAGUCCUUGGCUCAGGUGCCUUUGGAACUGUUUAUAAAGGUAUUUGGGUGCCUGAAGGAGAAACCGUGAAGAUUCCUGUAGCUAUUAAGAUUCUCAAUGAGACGACUGGUCCCAAGGCCAACGUGGAGUUCAUGGAUGAAGCUCUGAUUAUGGCAAGUAUGGACCAUCCACAUUUAGUCCGGUUACUAGGUGUGUGUCUGAGUCCAACCAUCCAGCUGGUGACUCAGCUCAUGCCCCACGGCUGCCUACUGGAGUACGUCCAUGAGCACAAGGAUAACAUCGGAUCACAGCUGCUGCUUAACUGGUGCGUCCAGAUAGCGAAGGGAAUGAUGUACCUGGAAGAGAGACGGCUUGUCCAUCGGGAUUUGGCGGCCCGAAAUGUCUUAGUAAAAUCUCCAAACCAUGUGAAAAUCACAGAUUUUGGACUAGCUAGACUCUUGGAAGGAGAUGAAAAAGAAUACAAUGCCGAUGGAGGAAAGAUGCCAAUUAAAUGGAUGGCUCUGGAGUGUAUACAUUACAGGAAAUUCACCCAUCAGAGUGAUGUUUGGAGCUAUGGAGUCACUAUCUGGGAACUGAUGACCUUUGGAGGGAAACCCUAUGAUGGCAUCCCAACACGAGAAAUACCUGAUUUAUUAGAGAAAGGAGAACGUUUGCCUCAGCCUCCCAUCUGCACUAUUGAUGUUUACAUGGUCAUGGUCAAAUGUUGGAUGAUUGAUGCUGACAGUAGACCUAAAUUUAAGGAACUGGCCGCUGAAUUUUCAAGGAUGGCUCGAGACCCUCAAAGAUACCUAGUUAUUCAGGGUGAUGAUCGUAUGAAGCUUCCCAGUCCAAAUGACAGCAAGUUCUUUCAGAAUCUCCUGGAUGAAGAGGAUUUAGAAGAUAUGAUGGAUGCUGAGGAAUACCUGGUCCCUCAGGCUUUCAACAUCCCACCUCCCAUCUACACUUCCAGAGCAAGAAUUGACUCAAACAGGAACCAGUUUGUGUACCGAGAUGGGGGUUUUGCUGCAGAACAAGGAGGGACUGUGCCAUACAGAGCCCCGACCACCACAAUCCCAGAAGCUCCAGUUGCUCAGGGGGCUACAGCUGAGAUUUUCGAUGACGCCUGCUGUAACGGCACCCUCCACAAGCCAGCAGCACCCCGCGUCCCAGAGGACAGUAGCACCCAGAGGUACAGCGCUGACCCCACAGUGUUUGCCCCAGAGCGGAGCCCACGAGGAGAGCUGGAUGAAGAAGGUUACAUGACUCCUAUGCGAGACAAGCCCAAGCAAGAAUACCUAAAUCCUGUGGAAGAGAACCCUUUUGUUUCCCGGAGAAAAAAUGGAGACCUUCAAGCUUUGGAUAAUCCUGAGUAUCACAACGCUUCCAAUGGUCCACCCAAGGCAGAGGAUGAGUACGUGAAUGAGCCACUGUACCUUAACACCUUCGCCAACACCUUGGGAAAUGCUGAAUACCUGAAGAACAACAUACUGUCUGUGCCAGAGAAGGCCAAGAAAGCGUUUGACAACCCCGACUACUGGAAUCACAGUCUGCCCCCUCGGAGCACCUUAAAGCACCCAGACUACCUGCAGGAGUACAGCACAAAAUACUUUUAUAAACAGAAUGGACGGAUCCGGCCUAUUGUGGCAGAGAAUCCUGAAUACCUCUCUGAGUUCUCUCUGAAGCCAGGCACUGUGCUGCCUCCUCCACCCUAUAGACACCGGAAUACUGUGGUGUAAGCUCUGCUGUGGUUUCAAAGUGGAGAGACACGCC